AUGCAACAAAUUCAAACAACAAUGAGGGUUGAUCCAGUUCCAGCUCUGACGCCACAAAUUCAGAUGGGUCAGUCCCAAACAUCUAGAUUUGCUCCUCAGAGUUCUGUACCAAAUUUCAUGAACCAGAGUGGUUAUGGAUUCGUUAGGCCGGUGGGGAUGAGGCAGAAUAAUGACAUCUUUAACCAGUCAAUUCAGAGUGUACUCAAUGGUGGAUCUCAGUCGGCUGGCCAGAACCUGAUGCAGGGNUCUUUUUUCGGUGUCUCUGGAUUCAUCUACACUUGCCCAACCUGCAACUACUUUCUCCAUAUCAAAUGUUCACAAAUGCCUCAGCAAAUCACACACCCAUUUCACCAACACCACAUUUUCUCUCUCCUCCCAAAACCCAUCUACCCAGAUGGUUUAUUCAACUGUGAUGCGUGUGGGAACGAAGGCAAUGGAUUCUCUUACCACUGCAAAGCUUGUAACUUCGAUCUCCAUAUUCUUUGUGCUUCUAUGCCCUUGUCUCUCUCUCAUCAAUCUCAUCAUCACCAACUCAACCUCACUUUCUCUCCUCCUUACCCUAACAAAAGCUUUUCCUGUGAUAUAUGCAAGAACACAGGGUCUAAUCACUGGCUCUAUCGGUGCAACUUCUGUGAAUUUGAUGCCCACUUGAACUGUGCAACUGUUCAAUCGAAUCAAUCCCCAAUGCAACAAAUUCAAACAACAAUGAGGGUUGAUCCAGUUCCAGCUCUGACGCCACAAAUUCAGAUGGGUCAGUCCCAAACAUCUAGAUUUGCUCCUCAGAGUUCUGUACCAAAUUUCAUGAACCAGAGUGGUUAUGGAUUCGUUAGGCCGGUGGGGAUGAGGCAGAAUAAUGACAUCUUUAACCAGUCAAUUCAGAGUGUACUCAAUGGUGGAUCUCAGUCGGCUGGCCAGAACCUGAUGCAGGGGAUACUGGGGGGUGGCGGCGGCGGGGGCGGAGGAGGAGGUGGAGGACCGAACUUGCUGCAUGCAUUAAUGGGCAGUGGCGGAAGGCUGAACGUGCUACAAACAUUAAUGGGUGGCGGGGGAGGUGAUGGGGUAGGAACGCCAAACUUGCUACAAGCAUUUAUGGGUGGUGGAGAUGGAGGUUCUUUUCCAAUUCUUGACAGUUUAAAUGGGCUAUCAGGAGGUUUUCAAGACUUCAGCCUUUGA